AUGUCCACCGUAUAUACCUCCCAAUUCCCUCCUAAUAGGCACUUCAUCUUCACCAUGUCCUCCGAGACCGCCCCUGCAUGGGGCAAGGAAGCGGAGCAGAGUAACAAGGACGACACGACUCAUCCAACCGCAAGCCGUCCGUCCCACAACACAAACCCCAAGAGCAAUCUUCGUCCUCACCGCAGCAGCAGCGCGGCCGUGCCUCGACCCGCGGCGGGCAAACUAGCAGCCCAGCCGAUCCUCAAGCUCCAUCACAGCACCGACGCGGAUAUCCCAUCUCCCCGCCGCCGCCGCCGGGCUGGAGGUAGAUUAGUGCCGGGUGCUGGACGUGGCGGUACGGAGCAGGCAGGUACUAGAGAUGAGGAGUGGGAGACUAGAGCGAACAGGGAGAGCUUAGACGGAUUGUUUGUGAGCUCUGGGGAGAAGAAAAAUUGGAAGGUUAUGCUGAGGUCGAGUCUGGAGGAACCUAAUGAGUGCAACGACGGAGAUAAAUGA